AUGGUAUCCAUCUCAACUAUACCACCACAUACGUCUCAAAAAUUACAACCUUUGGAUCGAAUAGUGUUUGGAGCGAUGAAGUCAUACUACAAUACUGCAUGCGAUAAUUGGAUGGUUAGUCAUCCAGGGCGGCCGUUAACCAUAUAUGAUUUGGCUGGAUGUCUAGGCAGUGCUUACCCAAAUGCAAUGACUCCUAGAAAUAUUCAGAAAAGUUUCUCAGUUACUGGAAUUUUUCCAUUUAACCCUGAUAUAUUCACGGAUGACGAAUAUUUAAGCUCCUACGUUACUGACAGAAAAAACGUGCAAACUGAAACAGACAAUGUUAUAACCUUACCAUCUGUGUCACCGUCUAUUUUACUUAAUCAAUCUUUAAUGGCUGAAAAUACUGCGCCAGCUUCCCCUGCCCUUAUGCUUAAUGCAGAAAAUGUUGCGCCAGUUGCACCAGUGCCAAUUCCAGAUGAUGAUGUGACUCCCGAUAUUUCUGAUAAUGAAAAGGAAAAUGAUUCUACAAAAUCUCCUCCAAAAUUGCUUUCCAUAUACCGCAUGCAGCUGGUUCUUCACAAAUUAGAAAUAACGAUAGCCCUGAAAACACCGACCCAUUCUCACAAUAUUCACGUUCCAAAACCUUCUACAUCAGCAUUUGUAAGUCCUGAAGUAAUAAGACCACACCCAAAAGCAGGACCGAGAAAAGGCUCUGGAAAGGGGAGAAAAAAAGGUAAAACUAGGAUUUUGACCGACACACCGGAAAAACUGGCAAUCGAGAAUGAGUGGGCAGCUAGAAAACAGAAAAAAGAAAAGAAGAUUUGCAAAGCGAAAGUAAAAGCAGUAAAACGUAACCUAAAUUCACAAGAACAAGAAGUGACAACGUCGGAAGAUGAAGAAUUACCGCCAUCGCCAGAAUCUGUUUUAAGUGCGUUUGAUGAAAGUGAUAUCUCUGGUAGCAGUUGUAGCGAAUCAGAGAAUGAAGAUGACUCCAAUGACUCCAUCAUCAUUGGAGAUUGGGUUAUUGUGAACCUAAUCUCGCAAAAGAACCUCGUUCAUAGAUAUGUUGGGCAAAUACUGAGGGAAAGUCGAGCUGGAUAUGACAUUAAAUUCGCUAAAAAAAUUAAUGAUAAGAUGUUCAAGUGGCCUGUUAAUGACGAUAUUAGUGCAAUUGCUAAAUAUCAAGUUGUGAAAAAACUACCAGUUCCGAAAGUGAAAUCAUCAUCAAACAGAGUCAUUAGUUUUAUGUUUCCAAAAUCAUUAAGAAAAUUUAAUAUUGAGAAAUAA